AUGAACAAUCAAUCUGCAUUUCAACAACAACAACAACAUCAGCAUCAGCAUCAGCAUCAACUAUCAACACUUCAUCCACAUCAUCACCCUCUUCAACAUUCAACAUCACAUCCACAGCAACAGCAACCACUUCCAUCACCAUCUAACGUUCAUCAACACUGUACAGCCCAAUCACAACCACAACCACAAUCCAGACCACCACCCUUAAGCAUCCUUCAUCAUCAUCCACAACAACAACAACAACAUCACUCACAUCUUCCAUCAAACCAAUCACACUAUACGAAUCAUCCAUUGAAUUCACCAUUCCCACAACUUCAUUCACCUCACCCAAUAUCACCUAAUCAUCAUCAGAUCAAUCACCAUAAUCCAAAAAGGAAAUCAUCUUCGAAUGAUUCAUUAAAUCCGAUCAAUCAAAAUCAACUGCCACCACCAAUUCAACCAGAGCCAAUCACACAAACCAGUACUACGCCUACUACGACUAUUAAAAAAAGAAGAAGACGUAGAAGUGCGAUCACCGGAACACUCUAUAAUCCAGAUGAAGAACCAGAUCCAGAUCAAGAGAUCUUAUCACAACCUAAUCAUCAAUUGAAUUCACCUUCAUCAAACAAAUCAAAAUCAACAGUAGUAGUCACGGAAACUCAAAAGAAAUUACAAACUAAAUCAAACCCAACCUCUUCAUCUUCUAAUGGUUUAGAGAAAAAGUUUGCUUGUGAUUGGAUCGGAUGUCAAAAAGUGUUUUCAAGACCUGAUCAUCUUAGUCGACAUCGACUGAAUCAUGAACCUGAAAAGAUUUAUUCAUGUGAUCGGUGUCCACGUAAAUUCGUAAGAGCUGAAGCAAAAGUAGAAUAUAUGGGAGGAGGGAGAAGAACAUCAGAUCCACCCACGAUCAUCCCAGAUCAACAAUCAGUCCAGAAUCCAGAUUACGAAAUCAACAGUACCACCCCGUACAGUUCAAUUCGAUUUCCAUCUACAACUAAUACCACACCCUUAAUAAGUAGAGUCAAAGAAUUAGUAGAAGAAAAACCAAGUUAUCCAACUGAUGAAUUUAAUAUAACUCAAGGCUUACCUGGUACAUUUUCAUCUAAUGAUAAUUUUGCAGUAGAUGUACCGUUCUUUACUGGACAGGAUUUUCAAUGGCUCUUUGAUGGUACAUUGGAUGAUUUACAUCGACAUCAACAUUUAUUUCAUCCUAGUCCUAAUCUUUUAAUUGAACCUAAUCAUCUUACGAACAAUACCGCCACCACACAUCAACAUCAUCCAUUGCAGAACGAAGAAGAGAAUAAGAAUGGGUUUGGGAAGGAUGUGAAUAGGUCUCAUAAUUUAUUGGGGUAUCAAUCACUUCAUCAUCAGCAUCAGCAACAACAACCACAAGAUGAAGAGAAAAGAUGGAAUGGAAACGGGUUGGAAUUGGUUCAUCAUCAUCAUCAUCAUCAACAACCACAAGAUAGAAAUGAAGUGACAAAGUUUAAAGAUUCUUUAGUACAAGAAAAAUCAGGAGAAAUUUUAACAACCAUACCUUUUUUACCACCACCAUCAUCAUCAUCACCAUCACUCACACCAUUACCACCACCUACAAUGACAAGGAUCAUAAGUUCAUCAUCAUCUUCACAUCCAUUAUCAAACGAAUUUGAAAUUAAUCAAACUCAUUCUAAACUUGAAGAUCUUCAUCCUGCUUCUUGUCAUCAUGUGAAUCAUAUGAGAGAUUUAUCGGUUUAUGUUUCUUUUGAAACUAGAGAUCGGAUUAUUCAAACUGUUAAAAACGAAUUAAGUUUUCUUGAAAAUGAUGUUAGGUUUGGGAUUAAAGAGAUGUCAACUUAUUUAAACUUAUAUUGGAUUCAUGUUCAUCAAACUAGUUUUCCAAUCUUACAUCGACCUACAUUCAAGACGAGUGAAGCUUCUGUUUUUUUGUUAUGUUUGAUGAUGUGUUUAGGAGCAUAUUUUACGGAUUCCGAAGGUCAUGAAUUAGCUACUGUAUUAUAUGAAGAUAUAAGAAAGAGAGUGAUUAGUUCACCUGAAUUUAAACCUAGAGCUUCUUUAGAUAUCAUUCAAGUCACACUUUUAAUGAUUUUAUAUGGUAAACUUUGUUCUACUAGAACUCAUCAUGAAAUGGCUCAUAUUUUUUGGGGUUCGAUCUUAACGAUGUAUAGAAGAAGUGCACUUUUUUCGCCUAGAGUUUCUUCGAUUCCUAAUGAAUUUAAAAAUUCGAUUGAUGUUCAAUGGAAGGUUUGGAUUGAAGAUGAAUCAUCAAAAAGAGCAGCAUAUGCAGCCUUUUUGAUAGAUGUACAACAUGCAGCAAUUUUUAGACAUGCUCCAACGCUUUCUGCAUUUCAAAUUCAACAUGUUUUACCUUCAGAUGAAGAAGAAUGGAACGCAAAAGAUUCGAUGAGUUGGAAUGAGAUUCAUUGUAAGAUCUUAUCACAUCAAAGAAGAAUGGGAGGAGAGAGUAAUGGGAUUGGAAACAAUAAUGGAACGUUAUUUAUGAGUGCUUUGAAAGCGAGUUUGAUGCCUGGAAUGGCACCUCCUUUCUUAAAUCCGUUCUCUAGGGUGGUGAUUUUACAUGGAUUGAUUUCAGUGGCAUUUGAUUUACAAUGGAGAGAUGUGUUUAUGAUUGGAUUGGUGACUUCUAGUUCUUCUACUUCAAAUUCGUCGAAUCAAUCCAAUGAAAAUCAAAAUGGGGUUAAAAAAGAUUGGAGAGAAACGAUUGCGGCUGCAUUUAAUUCUUGGAAGAUUUGUUUAGAUAGUUGUUUGAUUUCUUCUAAUGCUCCUGCUCAUCAAUUAUUAACGGCUUCGAUUUCGAUUUAUGCUUUAGCUCAUAUUGUUUUAUCUAUUGAUGUACAUGAAUUACAAAUAUAUGCAGGAGCAGAGAAAACCUUAGGGUUAACAGUUGCAAAUCAAGUAGUAGAAAAGAGUACUAAAUUGAAAGUUAAAAGAUGGGCAGAUAGUAAAGAAGGUAGAGCAUCUACUUGGCAUGCUGCUCAUUUUUUGCGAUCUAGUUUAAUUGAUUUAGAUCAAGUUAGUGAAAUGUUACAUUCUUUACAUUAUACUUGGGCAUGCUAUAUUUCGGUUCUUACGGUUGUGGCUUAUGGCACUGCAUUAGAUGAAAUGGAAAGAGAAUUGGAAAUCACUAAUCGAGAUCAAAAUUUACAAAAAAUGAAUCGGAAUCGGAAUCGACACUCAUCUUAUCAAAAUGAAAAUAAACAACAUAGUUUAGAAAUCGCCAUGAGAUAUCUUGAUACGAUGUGUACUGGUUGUCCUGAAGAUUUAAAAGAUUUAAAAGUGGUCGUUGAUCAUCAAGUUGAUUCGAUUGGAUUGAUUGAAAUGAUUUAUCAAGUUAUUAAAUCUUCUAGAUGGGAAAUCGCUUUGGAAGGUGCUAAGAUUUUAGAUGGAUUGAUUGUUAGUAAAAGUAAAGAUUUAGAUUAA